CGCUGCUAACGCUAACGCUAAGGCUAAGUUCCUCUCUGUAACAGCCCCGGUGUAACACUGUAACAUUCACAUUUCAACGCGAAAGCAGUGUGGAAUCGCAGGGCUCCGGUGUUUCCGUGGUAACUUUUGUAACUCGUCACUUCCGGAGACGCGUAACAAUGUUGCUCCGCACUUUUGGCCGAUAAUGAAGAGGCUGAAGGCUGCAGUGUUCUGCCUGAGCGUCGUGCUGCUGUGUUACUGGCAUCCUGUUCAUCAUGGCUACUGUUCAGAGCAGGAUCAGCUCGACCUACAGGAUCAGCCGCAGACCGAAUCGGACGUCCCCAAUCAGCAGGACGAGUCCGGAGAACAGAGGAAAUGACGAGGAUCUGCUUCAAGACCCUCCUGCCUCUGACACUGUAGAGCAUCAAACACAGACCGACACGACAGACGAGCCACAGACUCAGGAAACCACACUGCAAGACCGUAUCGAUAAGGAUUUUCAGGUGGACAAGGCCCCAGCGGAGGUGGCGGUUGCCGAGUAUGAUCCAGAGUCUUCCAUUACCCCCGAGGAUGACGCUGGUCCUCAGAACACGCACGUCUCAUCUCUUCAUUCUGCAUCUGAAACUCAAUCUGAGACUGUUCAUGUCUCUGAGGACCUGUCCUCCACUGCUACUGUCUCACCUGGACCAUGUGCAUGCAGCUGUGUUUUCUUUCUCUUCAGUGCUAGUGAUGACUCCUGCUCUUCCCCUCCCGUCAGUCCUGUCUCCUCUAGCGCUGCCUGUGAUGCAGGAGAAAACCCUUCGUAUGAUGCAGACCUCAGUCUUCCCUCGGUUUUGGAGAACAGCAGCACACCUGGAACAGGAAAGAGUACGAAGGCGAGUUUAAGCAGGGCGACUCAGGGAACCAAUGCCUCCAGCAUGCUGAAAGAACAGAAUGUUCCAGUAUCAACAGAAGCGGAUCCGUCUCUUCCCAGCAAAGACCCAGAAGACAUUCCUACUUUUGACGAAUGGAAGAAGAUAAUGAUGGAAGUGGAGAAUGAAAAAAGUCAAACCACUCACACUUCCUGUAACGGGGGAUCUAGUGUUGUUAAGAAAGUGCAGAAAACCACAAACUACGCCUCCGUGGAAUGUGGCGCUAAGAUCCUGGCUUCUAAUCCUGAAGCAAAGAGCACUUCUGCCAUCCUGAUGGAGAAUGUAGAUGUUUACAUGCUGAACCCCUGCAGCAAUAAGAUAUGGUUUGUCAUUGAGUUGUGUCAGCCCAUUCAGGUGAAGCAGCUGGACAUUGCCAAUUUCGAGCUCUUCUCCUCGACCCCCAAAGACUUUCUAGUCUCAGUCAGUGACAGGAUGGAGAGUUUGGAAUCGGACCAGCAGGAACUGAAAAAACUCACAGAGACCCCCUCAAUGACACAAGGUAGAGAUGCAGGUCCGACAGCUCCUUUACCCACUGCCCCACUCUCAGAGACUGCAACACCGUCAGCUCCAGAGUCCGUCGGGACCACAACAAACAAAGAAGAUCAGAUCGUUACUUUGCUGCCUGAGGAUGAGGUGGAUGAGCCAGACAAGUCCUCCAGCUCUCUAUACCACAGGACACCGAGAAGGAGCGGAGUACCUCUUGCAGAGCUGCAUUCCCCUUCAGAAGAAGACAGAAAAGAAAUCUCAAGAAUCACAUUCUCAACCGAGCACUUUCCACAAAACGGAAACCUCAGUCUCAGUCAUGAUCUCAUCAUCACUGAUGCAACUCUGGUGACACUUACAUGCUCUGACACUCUUGCCUCUACAGCCACUCAUAUUGUGGAUUUUUUGGACCCUUCGGCUGUUGAGAGUUCUGAUUUGAAGCUUAAUGAGAAGAGCAGAGAUAAACCAGUGGAGGACAAACGCACUUCCAUUCUCUCCAGUAACUUGGAUCUGACAUCCACUCCAGUUUUAACCACUAAAAGUGAUGAGAUGGAUCAAGUCCAGUUGUCUGUAUCUGCAGUAGAGAAAUCUACCACUGAAAAGAACACCUUGACUCCUAGUUUGAUGACCAGCACCAUGGAUCAGGCGACAUUUACCCCUCUGUCAACUUCCACAGAUCAGUCCUUUGUCCAACCAACCAUAAGCAAAAGUGUAACUCCUUCUGUAUCAAUAACAGCUGCUCCUCUAACAGAACCCUUAGAGGUGGUAUCAGUUGUAGCAGAACCUAAAAGUGAAGAUCUGCUCGAUGAAGCUUCCCUUGGAGGCCACAGUGUCAACACUCAAUCCGAAACCUCUACUAAUGGCCAAUCGGUGCAACCAUCGUCCUCUGACUACUACGCCGAAAUCCCCAGCUCCACCGAUGCACCGAUCCCUGGCUCCAGCCAGAAGGAGUCAGUCUUCAUGAGGCUAAACAACCGGAUCAAAGCCCUGGAGGUGAACAUGUCACUCAGUGGCCGUUACCUGGAACAGCUCAGUCAGAGAUAUCGAAAGCAGAUGGAGGAGAUGCAGAAGGCUUUCAACAAAACCAUCAUUAAACUCCAGAACACGUCAAGGAUGGCUGAAGAACAGGAUCAGAAACAGACCGAGUCUAUACAGGUGCUGCAGAGGCAGCUGGAGAACGUGACUCAGCUCGUCCUUAACCUGUCACUGCAAGUGAGCCAGCUACAGAGAGAGGUCUCUGACAGGCACAGCUACCUGCUGCUGUGUGUGGUCCUCGGUUUGCUCAUCUGCAUCGUCAUCUGUGUUAAUUACUGUCGCAUGUCGGCUGAGAAUCUCUCGACAGAACCUGACCUAUACGUACCAAACUCCUACAGCUACUGCUGCCCUGACAGAGAUUCCCCUGAUGAGGACGUGAACCCAAAGCGGAGAGCAUCUUAUCCAUUUGCACAGUCAUCCCUGCAAAUCGCAACCACUGAAGGUCCAAGUGAAGCAUAUAAUGUAGAAACUCUGAGGAAUUCAACCGGGAGUAAAAGGAAAAAGCGUUGUAAAAUGAAAUCCGGCAGAAAGCCAGAGACGAUAACUCCCACGCUACUCUCCACCCUUUCAGUCCCCAAUGGAGGAUUGCGGUGUAAUGACCACCGUCCUCACAAUCUGGACUUAAAGCUGCCUCCUCGUAGCCUCGUCCCUCCUCCCUUCCCCUUCAGAGACUCCUCGUCAGAGGGAAGCUCCAAAGACUCCUCCCAGUCAGACGAGCCUUCAUUCUGCGGUAUCGCCUCCUGCAGCCGCCUCUGUGAUCCUCUGCCUGCUGCAAAGAGCUGCUCCAAAAUGAGGAACCGCUUGAAAAAGAGGAGCACCGUACUCAAGCAGCUUCUUCAGCCUGUGCAGUGUAACGGCCCGCCGGUCGCGGCUAAGUUCUCCCUGCGUGGCUUAAUCACAGGCUCCACAGAGCUGAACACGAACAGGCCAGGAGUCCCAUUGCUUCCUAAAAAGAACAGUUAUAACUGACAAUGCUAACGAUGCUGAUCUCUAUAGCCACUGCUGAUUGGUAGCUACUAGGUAAGCUACACUGGUAGCUUUAACUCCUGUGGUAAUGUGGUUAUUAUGUGGAUGUAGGAAAUAUGCCCACAAGGUUUUGGACAUUGGGACAAUCAUCGAUCAUCAUCUGCCUAGCAGACUGGAUUCAGUCAAAGUCAAAAUCACGACUAAAACAUGAUUUAAAAUGUCUGAAUACGCUGCUGUUUUUAGAGGGAAGAAUCAUUUGCACAGUUUUUAAAUUGGUAAGGCUUGCUUAUGCUUUACAUUGUUUUUUAGACUUUGAGUUAAAAAUUUUGUGUGACUCGGUCAAAUGCAGAUUAUUUGUUAAUUGCAAAAUGAUGCUAUUUUUAUAAAAAUGAAUCAGAAAUCAUGUUUUUCACCCUGAGUCAUUGCUUAUUAUUCUAUUUGUUAUUGGUAGACUGGGCUAUAUUAAACUGGAA